CACACACACAUUACUGUAAAGAACUCCCAUCACCACAGUUGAAAGGAUUCAUAAUUACCUCACGAGUGACGUGCUUUCAUCAUCAGCAGCUGGGAACCUUGUUAAACACAUGCACCCUCCUCCCCAUCCCCUCUCUGCCUGCCUGCCUGCCAGCCAUCCGCAGAAGAGUGCAAGAGCAGCGGGAGCUCUCCGCCAGCCAACGCCAACGCGGAGCCAGGGACCACACACACUCACUCACACUCACUCACUCACUCCCUCACUCACUCACACACAUGCAGCGACUCCCCUGGCUCAGAGUGUGAGCUCUCACACGCCGCCCACUCUGCAAUCCGAAGCAGGAGGAAACCCAAAAUAUGGACUGGAGAUAUCUCCUGAAUUGAGACUCACAGAGAGAGAGAGAGAGAGAGGUGGUGAAGUGGAUGUGGGUGGGAGAGAGUCUCAUGACUGCAACAUGCUGUGUGAGGCAGUCCCAGUGAUCAGUGCUGAAACUGGAUUGUCCCGGGUAUCCCCGCCGGUGUCCAAGACUUUCAUCUGGAGGGAACUUCUGACAGGAAAACAAAUCUGCUAUCUCCUGGAAAACUGAACGAGGACUUGAGAGGAAAGACUGAGGAUGCAAUUGCUGGCAAAUUGCAGGUCCUGACGAGGCAGCCACAAGGAGUUGGAGGAAGAGGGAGGAGAAGCCGAGAGGGAAACAGAGGGAAGAGCGCGGUGCUCCUGGCCCGCAGAUGGAGCCGGAACCGUAGCCAUGGAGCCGGUUUAGACCCCGAUGCGUACCCGGGGCGGGGCGGGAGGGAGGGGAAGAUGACACAGCACCUCCCGCCCAGCCAGAGCCGCCAGUUCCACGCCGAGUCACGCCGCCCGGACUACAGCGCCCGCCAUUGCCCCGGACCACCCACCGCCCCAACAGGCCCGGAGCCUGGUGCCGUGCAUCGAGUUGGACAACCCCUCACCCACUCUUGGCCCGACGUGGACAUCGGGGAGUGAGUCUGUUGGACAAUACGACUGAGCAGAGUCACCCACUGCUCCCCGACCUUUCCUUUUUACCUCGCCCUGACUUUUAUUUAACCCCAAUUGACUUUUUUUAUCUCCACUCUUGAGUUUUCUUUUCACCCUAACUUUUAUUUAACCUCUGCACAACUUUUUUUUACCUCACAUUGACAUUUUUUUAACCUCGCUCUCUUUUUUAACUCUACCUUGACUUUUUUUUUAACCCCACCCUGAUUUUCUUUUACCCCCAACUGACUUUUCAAACUUAAUUUUGACUUAUUUUUGCCUCCUUAUUUAUUUUUUACCUCACCUUAAAUUUUUUUUUACCUCACCUCUACUCUGACAAUUCUUUUUACCUCAACCCCCCCCUACCCCCCCAGUGGAAGACGCCAUUGGACACCAAGGCCUCGUCUCCAUCAGUGGUGAUCGUCUCUUCCCGUCGCUUUGGGGUAAAGAGUCGUCCGCCAUUUUACGGGGCCAUCAACAACCCCCUCCUCCCCCCCCCCCCCACCCCCAGGUCUUGUCCAGGUAGGCUCCAUGCCUCGCCCGUCCCGUCAGAGGCCAAGCGAAGGCCUCUGAGGCCAAACGCGGGGAGGAAAGGAAUCCAACAACAACAACAACAGUUAGGGCGCUGUCGGCGAGCCGACCUCCCUCCCACAAAGCCGAGGUUGUCCUUGUGAGGGAGGGAGGGAGGCGGGAAUAAUGGUCAGUCGGCAGGGCAACCGUCCACUGGUUUCCAACGUUCACUCCCACUCGGAGCCCGCCAUGACGGUCAGGUCGGUGCUGUUGAAGCGCGACCCCGGGCGCUCGAUGGAGGGCGAGAGGAUUCACCACCGCCGGCGGCACAAGACGCAGCAGGUCCGCUUCAAGGACUUGGCCGACGGGCCUGAGGAGGUGGUGGUGGGGGGGAGGACUCCCGAGGGCAAUUGCCAAGGGAUGCCGGCCCUUCGGAACUGGUACCCGGCCCGGCCCUGCUCCCUCACCCUCCCCAUGCCCCGCAAGGCCUGCAUGAGCACCGCCAUCCAGACCUCGCCCAGCCUCCAGAAACACUUCCCCGCCUGCCGCGCCCGGAGUAAGAGCGUCAGCGACCUGGGCGCGGAGGACGAUAAGGAGGAAGGAGGGGACCCUCCGUCCGACCACUGCCCCGCCCCCGAGCUGGCGGAAGGCCAGGAUGCGGAGGAGGAGGAGGGGGAAGAGGACCAUGAAGGGGUGGUCAAGGAGCAGCAAGAGGCAGCGAUGAAUGGGAGGAUGGUGGAGACAGUGGCCACGGCCUGCAGGGAACACUGUCCUUCCACCCAAGAUAGAGAGAAGGUUUGUGAGAAGACCUCUGAGGAGGUCUCCGAGAAGGUAUUGGAGGAGGUCUCCCAGAAGGUCCAAGACUACAACUCCAACGGUUCUUCUGCAUGCCAUCGCGCUAAAGAUACCACCGUUCCCAAGGCGGUCCCAGAUACCCUCUUGGAGGGCAACUUCAAAGCAUUUAUAGCCGGGCAGCACUGUGCAACUAAGGGUGUGAGAAUCCUCUCUGCCAAACCCUGCUCUCCCAUCUCCAAGGUGAGUCCGCCAUCAUCCAAAGACAAUGACAUGGACAGGUACUCACUGAGCCAGAGGCCGUGCCACAAACUGAAAGCUCCGCGGCACGAUUUGGACGGGGACCUUUCCGACUACGGAAAGACGGAGCCUAGCCCAACGAACCCCAACCACACUCUCGCCAAGGACCAAGUUUGCACCUUCCCCAAAUCCUGCUUGAAAACUCCGCUCAAUCCCAAACAGCCUGGCGUCUCCCAUCGGACCGACCAAUCUCAGCUCUGCAUCUCGGUGGUGGACCACUCGCAACCGACCGAUGUCAAGAACCAACCAUCCCAGCCUCUCGCCAAGUCUCCUGUCCGAUCGGGAGAAGGCCACUCGGGGCCGGCACUGAAGGCCGACGUCCGACUGGAACUCGUGCUGAGUGGUGGAAACCCUCAGGCCAAUGCGACAGAGCCGGCCGCUGCAACAGGGAGCCAAGGGCCUAAGUCAGGUCGGAAUACUCAAUAUGAAAUCACUUCUCUCCAGUCCAGACUACAGAACAUGGAGGAUGUCCUGCAGACCAGCCAGCAGACCAUCAAGGUUCUACUGGAUGUCAUUCAAGACCUGGAGAAGAAGGAAGCUGUUAGAGAUGGGAGGCAAUCUUACCACACCGGUCAGGACAUUGUGAACUGUGGGACAUGUCGGGACUGUGCCUGCAUUAUCUACAGUGUGGAGCACGACUUCAGACAGCAGGAAGGCAGGUUUCAUCGAGUCCUGAGCUCCCUGGAGACAGAGGCGGGCCAAAGCGCCGAGCUCCCUUCCACACCCAGUAAACAGGGCGACUCACCCACGCCUCGGUUGGCAGCUAGGACAGAGCCGAAAAAAUCUAAAAGGAAAUGCUUUUGGUUCUUGUGAACUUCGGAACUUACCGCUGACGGACUGAUGGAGAGGGCAGUGCAGAAGUCGGCUCUCUGUUUCCCACCUGACUACCACGAGCUUGGAGCUUCCUGCACCAUUGAAGCCUGUGAAAUCCAUGAGGUGACCGUUUUCGGAACACCAGCUUUUUUGAAUUUUCAGACAAAUUGCCGCAACGGAGAAACAAAAAGAAAAAAUGCAAAAAAAAAGUGUUCUACACAUCUGCAGGGUGUAAUUUAAGAAUCCUCUAUUUCCAACAUUAAAUCUAAUUGUUUAACAUUGCUAUUAAACACGUUUGUACAAAGGGGUCGGAGGGGAGGAGGUGAAGGAAGCUCGAGAUGAA